AUGUUGCUCAAGGAGCAGGCGUUGAAGCGAUUUCAAUCGCAGUUUAAAUUCGAACACAAGAAGGGGCAUCGCAGAACGAAAUCGCUCGAUGACGAUUGGGAUCCCGAAACAGAGACCAUCAAGGCGAGAAACGACAAAAUAACGGACAAGGACCGUGUUCGUGCAGAUGAAGACGAAGGGGAAGUGAAGGAAGCCGGUAACAAAGACAAAUAUGCAACAACAGAUGGAAAGGAAGGACAUGGCAAGGGCGAAAGAGAAGGCCGGUCGCCCUACCUCAUGAUGCGGCGUGACCGAGAACGAGAGAAGGACAAAGAAAAGGAGAAGGAGAAGAAGGAGGACAAAGACGACCAGCACCAGCGCCACAAGGACGGGCGAAGCUGGGAGAAGGACUUCCUGGCCGGCUACGCGCGGCUCAAGCAGCACUACACGUCCAAGCUGCAGACCAGCGAUGGCGGCCAGCACCAGCACCAGCAACACCAGCCACCACCAGCCGGCUCGUCCACCAGCGCCAGCGUGACCACGCCGCCCACCAUCAAGCGUGGCAGCUGGUGGGAGGACCACGCCGGCCAGCACCAGCAGACGUACCUCAGCGGCAUGGCGCUGGAGACCGGCAGCAGCGAGUGGGCCGCGCCAGAGGAGCCCUUCACCUACUACGACAUCUCGCCCACGUCCAAGAUGGAAGGCAUUGUGUCCAAGUGCCUCAAGACCAAGUUUGCGCCUUUCUUCUUCGAGGUGCACACGGGCUGCAUCAUCUACGAUCGCAUCAGCUUCAAGGGCUCGAUCGCGCUGCGCGGGGGAGAGUCCGCCGUGGAGGUGAAGCACUCGCAGGGACCCUUGCCUCGUGUGCUGUUUGAGCAGACCGAGGGCCACAUCUUUUGGAUCCAGUACCGGAUAGACCCUUUCUUACUUUCAACAGCCAACGAGCUCAUUGUCGAUUUCGGAAACCUCAUCAUCAACUCCAUCAGGGAGGGCGAGGCCUCAUCCUUCCUACGGCGCGACAAGAAGGACCACAAGGACCACCACCACCACACCGGCGGGCCAAGUGCGCACAAAUGGAACAGAAGCAGCGACAGCAACCUGGGCGCGAGGGACCACGGCAGCGGCGGCAAGGAGAAGGAGAAGGAGCGGGAGAGGCGGAGGGCGGAGAAGGAGCGGGAGAAGGAGGAGGCGGGCAAGAAGGCGGAGACCCUUUCGCCGGCCGCGCGGAGGAAGAUCUUCCACACGUUCUCGACGUCGUCGUUCUCGACCAUCUCCUCGCACCUGCCCUCCUUUGCGUUCCACUCCUCCGACAAGGUGGACAAGGCGGCGGACAGGCUGCCCGAGUCGGGCUCGUCGGCCCCGGGGCCAUCGGCCGCCAAGACGGGAGCCGCGACAGAAGACGAGGCCGGGGGAGGCGUGGGCGGCGGCGACAACGACGAAGAACGUGAGCGCGAGCGCGAGAAGAAGGGACACUCGAACAUCGCCACCUUCAUCAACAGACGCAUCUCGGAUCUGAGAGAGCACCGACGGAAGCGCUCCGCAUCAGUGCCCACGCCAGACAACGCACGAGAAGGGGAAGACGCCUUCUCUGAAGAAGAUGACUAG